CACUUUCAACAAACCCGCCACUUUUUUCUCCCAGCCGAUCAAAGAAGUACGAGAGAGCGAGAGGGGAAAAGAAAGGGAAAGAAAGAAUGGACCACGCCGCUCUCGCGAUAAGGCUUCUCAACGCGAUGCCUAACCCUAAUUCCUCUUCCCCGUUCCUCUCCACGAGGUGUCGACCAUCCCGGAGGCCGCUCUCCCUCUCCGUGCGCUGCCUCCAGACCCCCAACCCCACACCCGCCCCCGCCCCUCCCCCAACCCCCGGCUCCCUUCUCCCCUGCUCCGCCGUCGCCGCCGCCGCCCAGGAGGCCCCCUCCGCCAACCUCCCCCGCCUCCGCCUCCGCCGCCUCGUCGACGAGUUCCGCUCCCUCCCCGAGCCGAUCGACCGCGUGAAGCGCCUCCUCGCCUACGGCUCCGCCCUCCGGCCCUUCCCCGAGGCCGCCCGGGUAUCCUCCAACCGCGUCGUGGGCUGCACCGCCCAGGUCUGGAUCACGGCCACCUUGGAUGAUCUCGGCCGCAUGCGGUUCGCCGCCGAUUCCGACUCGGAGAUCACCAAGGGGUUCUGCUCCUGCCUCAUCUCAGUGCUCGACGGCGCGCUGCCGGAGGAGGUGCGGGAGGUGACGCCAGAGGAUUUCGGGGACUUGGAUGUGGUCGGAAUGCCUGGGAGGGCCAACUCGAGGGUGAACACGUGGCACAAUGUGCUGAUCAGUAUGCAGAAGAGGACAAAGGCGUCGAUCGUCGGCGGGAAGGGGAGGCCAACGCGCUAGAGUUUGAGCAAUAGAGAUGGGUGGCGGAAUGGCAGGAGAAGGCCUGGUGGCUUAGUUGAAGCCAAUGGAAGGCUUUGGAUUGCGAUGACUCCAGAUGGUGGUCACGAAUGUAGAAAAGUAUUAUUGGAAGGUCCAAAUUUAUGUGAAAGGACCCUGUUUAUCAUGUGCCACAGUUGAAUGGCCAUGAAUAUCUAUUUUAGAAAAUGAGAAAUGCUGCUGAUCAAAAAAAUUAUAUGUUUAGAUAAAUAAAUAAGAUCAAUUUUAGGAUUUAAGUA